AGACCUGGUUUAGUCCUGGUUUAGACCUGGUUUAGUUCUUGUGUUUGUAAUGAGUUCAUGGGUGAACGGAGGUUUGUUUUUAAAGGUGAAUGACCCCGAUGUGAAACUGGAGUCCCUCUGAAACAAGCCACGACUAAACCUGGACUAAACCUGGUCUAAACCUGGACUAAAACUGGACUAAAACUGGACAAGACCUGGACUAAACCUGGUCCAAACUCUGACUAAUCCUUCACCCACUCCUCUGCUCUGAUCCUUCUGGUCUGACGUCUGGUUCCAUGGCGCUGGUUCUGCAGAUCGUUGGUCUGGUUCUCGGGCUCCUGUCCUGGGGACUCACCUCCAGCUCCACCUCCAACCACCACUGGAAGGUGAAGUCUCAGGUGGAGUCGGUCAGUUUGUCUCAGUGGACGUUUGAGGGUUUGUGGAUGAGCUGCGCCGCCGCCGCCACCGGGUCCACACAGUGCUCCAGGUUCAAGACCGUCCUGGGUCUGCCGGUCCACGUGCAGGUCUGUCGGGGUCUCAUGAUCCUGGCUCUGGUCCUGGACUUGGUCUCGGCUCUGGUCUCGGCUCUGGGCCUGAAGUGCACCAGGUUGAGCGGGAUCUCGGACCGGACCAAGACCCGGCUGAGCCUGACCGGAGGCGCACUCUUCAUCCUCUCAGGUCUGUUGAGUCUGACCGCCGUGUCUCUGUACGCCAGUCGAGUCAUCCAGGACUUCUACAACCCCGUGUACCCAGGAGUCAGGUUUGAGUUGGGCGUGGCCUUGUACCAGGGCUGGUCUGGAUCAGGUUUGGCUUUGAUCGGAGGAUCUCUGCUCCUCUGCAGCGUCAAAGACCAGGGACCAAGAGUAACACAAUAUUCGGUGAAAUACACGUCAGAAAAUCAACACAUUUACACAGCUCCAUCUGAGACCAAGGCCUACGUCUGAACCAGGACUAAACCAGGACUAAACCAGGACUAAACCAGGACUGAACCAGGACUAAACCAGGACUAAACCAGGACUAAACCAGGACUAAACCAGGACUAAACCAGGACUAAAGAAAAUGGAACAAUAAUUACAUACUUUUUGUAUUUGUUUUUAUUAAAUGUAAGUUUCUUGUUGUGUUUUAAAAAUGGAAUAAAAACGUUACAUUUGCAAAAAUAUUUUUAUUGGUUUUUGUUUUGUUUUUUUUUUGUCACAAAUAAAAAUUACAAACUGCAUCAAUUUCAA